AACCAAAACCCAACCCAAAAAAAAAAAAAAAAAAAAAAAAAAGAGAGAGGAGGAAAGAGCAAGUGAAAAUGCCAAUGAAGGUUGAAGACGAAUUGGCGAUGAAUCUAAAACAUGAGGACUAAAAAGCUAUUUCAUGACAUUUUAGGAUGUCAAAUAAAACACAACCCAGAUGAGUUAAUUGCCGAUUCUUGUUCCCUUUAAUGAAAAAAGAAAGCAUUCUUGAGGUUCAGGGUUAUAGCGCUAACAAACAAACAAACAAACUAUGCUAAAAAUGAAACCUUUGCUUCCUUCUUCUUCACAUGUUCCUCCAUGGCUAAUUCUCCUUUGUAAACGCCAUUUAUGCAUUACUUCAACCUCAAACUCACUAACAAAUCAACAAACACAAAUUCUUGAACCUCCCCCCUCAGAUUCUCUUGAAAAACCCAUCUUAAACCCUCAAAUUUCUAAAAAGUAUGUACCUUUUGAUGAUAAUAACCAUUUAGAAGAUGUUGGGUUUACCAAGAAUCAUGUAGUUGAUGUUCUUUUGAGCUACAGAGAUGACCCUGAUUCAGCUUAUAGGUACUUUCAAACUGCUAGGCAACAAAGGGGAUUUAUACAUGCUAAAUCUGACCCUUUCUUUGUUUUGCUUCACAUAUUAGUAAGUUCUACCAUGCAUCAACAUAAAGCUCGUCGUUUGCUCGAUUAUUAUGCUUCUAGUGACUCUGGUCCAUCUGCUACUGUUGUUUUUAAUGGUUUAGUUGAUUGUGCUAAGAGUUUUGGAUUUGAGUCAAACCCUCGAGUUUUCGACUUUUUGAUAAAUAGUUGUGUGAAAGUUAAUAGAUUGAGUGAUGCUAUAUAUUGUUUUAAUGGGAUGGUUGAACAUGAUAUAAUGCUGUGGGUCCCGACUGUGAACAAGCUUUUAAAGGCGUUGGUGAGGCAGGACAUGAUUGGUGUAGCGCGAGAUUUGUAUACUGAUAUAGUGUCUAGAGGGACCCGUUACGAUUCUCGUACUGUGCAUAUUUUGAUGUCUGCUUGUCUCAGGGAAGGGAAAACGGACGAGGCGUUGAAGCUUUUCGAGGAGGCCAAGAAGAGUGGGGUGAUUAAGCUUGACGCGAGAUUGUAUGCCCUUUGUGUUUAUGUUGCUUGUAAGGAGGAAAAUCUAAGUUUAGCAUUGGAGUUGUUGGGGGAAAUGAAAGGCAAGGGUUGGGUUCCUUCAGACGGCACGUAUACAAACAUAAUUACGGCCUCUAUAAAACAAGGGAAUAUGGUUGAGGCAUUAAGGCUCAAGGAUGAAAUGCUAAGUAAUGGGCAUCCGAUGAAUUUGGUGGUUGCAACAAGUUUGAUGAAAGGGUAUCAUGUCCAGGGCAAUUUAUCAAGUGCUUUGGAUUUGUUUGAAAAAUUGGUCGAGUAUGGACUCACUCCGAACAAGGUAACAUUUGCAGUUUUAAUAGAAGGUUGCUAUAAAAAUGGGAAUAUUGAAAAAGCAGUAGAAGUUUACAGGCAAAUGAAACUUGCAGGUAUUAAGUCUAAUGCUUUUGUUGAAAAUUCUUUAAUAAAGGGAUUUUUGAGUGCUAACUUGUUAGAUGAAGCAAUGAAUGUGUUUGAUGAGGCAAUAAAUUCAGGGACGGCUAAUGUUUUCGUUUACAAUAGUAUAAUAGCCUGGUUCUGUAAGAAGGGUCGAAUGGAUGAAGCUAAAAAAGUAUGGGAUCAGAUGGUUGAUAAUGGAGUUUUACCUACUAUAACUUCGUACAACAAUAUGAUUCUUGGAAAUUGCAGAAAUGGGAAUAUGGACAAAGCAUUGGAUUUGUUCUCUCAGUUGCCGGAAAGGCAUUUGAAAGCUAAUGUUGUAACUUAUAGCAUUUUGAUUGACGGGUAUUUCAGAAAAGGUGACGCUGAUAAAGCUGAGAACUUGUUUGAUCAAAUGGUCUCUUCAGGAAUUGACCCUACUGACUACACAUUCAAUACCAUAAUCAGUGGUAUGUCUAAAGUCGGAAAAACGUCGGAGGCAAAAGAUCUUCUUAAGAAGAUUGUGGCAGUACCAACUUGCAUGUCUUACAAUAGCCUAAUAGAUGGAUUUUUGAAGGAAGAUGAUGUCAGCUCAGCAUUAGCUGUUUAUAGAGAGAUGUGUGAUAGUGGGAUUUCCCCAGAUGUUGUCACUUACACAACUUUGAUUGAUGGGUUAUGCAAAAGCAAUAACAUUGAUCUAGCUUUAAAAAUGCUGAAUGAGAUGAGAAAUAGAGAAAUUAAGUUAGAUGUCAUUGCAUAUGCUGUUCUUAUAGAUGGAUUUUGCAAAAGAAGAGAUAUGAAAAAUGCUUCUGAACUUUUUGAUGAAAUCCUUCAAGUUGGUCUCUCUCCUAACCUAUUUGUCUAUAACAGCAUGAUAACUGGUUUUAGAAAUGUAAAUAAUAUGGAAGCAGCACUAGUUUUGCAUGAUAGGAUGAUCAAUGAAGGCAUUCCAUGUGAUCUGGAAACAUACACCACAUUGAUUGAUGGGCUUUUGAAGGAUGGUAAAAUAGUUGUGGCGUCUGAUGUGUACACUGAGAUGAUCGGAAAGGGUAUAAUGCCUGAUGACAUCACAUAUACUGUUCUUGUACAUGGCCUUUGCAACAAAGGUCAGGUUGAGAAUGCGCACAAGGUCUUAGAGGAGAUGUAUAAAAAGAGUAAGACUCCUAGUGUUCUGAUUUAUAACACACUAUUUGCUGGACACUUCAAGGAGGGAAAUUUAGAAGAGGCAUUUAGGUUGCAUGAUGAGAUGCUUGACAAAGGUCUUAAGCCCGAUGAUGCGACUAUUGAUAUUCUAUGUGGAAAGUUAAAAGGCAAUAAAGAAGGUUGAGGAUGCGCACAAGGUCUUGGAGGAGGAGAUGUAUAAAAAGAGUUGACAGCUUUAAUGCUUGGGAUCCAAAUUCCAAUGAAGUGCUUUCGCUUCGUCCCCUCGAAGGUAUCUGAAGAGUCUCAAAGAGGCAGCACAGGAAAACUAGAUACGUACUACAGCGAAACAAUUACUUGGAUCUCUUGAAAUCUUGAAAGCAGACUGUAGAGACUUCCACCAAAUUUAUGCUUGCAAAGCAAAUUUGGUAAUUGUUCCGGGGAUGCAUAUCACGGUUUUGCUUCUCAUGUAUCACAACUGGACUUGUGAACAUCACUGCUUGACGCUUAACUCUAUGUCCUUUGUGGAAACUAUUUAUGAGAAAAUAUGCAAGUGGUAUUCUGUCAAUGUCCAAGGGAGAACAAGUUGUGUGCAAAACAUGUAAACUGAGGUUUAAAUCAUUAGUGUGGGAUUCUGUAAACAGCUAGACUUUGUUUUGGACCUGAAAUGUCGCUCUCCAAAUUACAUUAUCGAAAAAGAAAAGAAGUGAGAGAAGAUGAAGAAUGAAACUUGUACAGCUUUUCUUUGUCUAUUGGAUAAAAUGUUCAGUUUGUUUUGCUCGGAAUUUACUUUUCCUUUGUCGCAAUGCAGUGAGCAAUAUUUCCAUCUAGAUAUUGAUG